AUGCCCAGCUCCCUGUUUGCAGAGCUGGAGCGCAACGGCAGCGGCGGCGGAGGGGAGGCGGCGGCGGCUGGCGGCGGCGGCGGCGGCGGCGGGGGAGAGACCCCUGAUGACCAAAGAGCCCUGCAGCUAGCGCCUGAUCAGCCUCUGCUGGGGCUGGAUUAGUGACGAGGGCGCCUCUUGUACGACAGUGAGCCGCGCAAGAAGAGCGUAAAUGAUGACCGAGUGCCGGUGCCCAGUUCCGAGCACGUCGCCGAGAUCGUGGGCGGCAAGGGUUGUAAAAUCAAAGCGCUGGGUGGGCGAAGACACACUUACAUCAAGACCCCGGUUCGGUAAGUGCUGGUCUUUGUUGUGACGGGCAGGAAGGAGGAUGUGGCCAUGGCUCGGAGGGAGAUCAUCUCUGCCGCGGAGCACUUCUCCAUGAUCCGCGCCUCGCGGAAUAAGAACACGGCGCUCAACGGCGCAGUGCCGCCGCCCAACCUGCCUGACAGACCACCAUCCAGUGCGGGUGCCCUAUCGCGCGUGGUGGUGGGCUCGUAGGGGCCCAAGGGCUAAUGAUGCGGCAUCCAGCAGCAGACGCACACGUACAUCGUGACGCCCAGUUGAGACAAGGAGCUGCGUUCGGUAGGAUCGGGCAUGCCUGAGAACGUGACCGAGUCGGGCGAGGAGAUCGAGGGCUUAUUGCCCCGUCGGCUGCCGUAUCAUUGAGCUCACGAGAACGACUUCCACGCCAACGGCACGGAUGUGGGCUUUGAUUUGCAUCACGGGUCCUGGGCGGGGUCCGCCUGCAGCCUCUGGAGCAAGCCCACCCCAGCAUCACGCCCCCCCGGCCGCAGUUUUUCCUUCUUCAGUUACCCAACGACAGCUCCAGCUCGCCGGCAGCGCGCUGCCUCCACAGGACUUACUUCAUGGGGGACCGGCGGCAGCACACAUUACCCCUGCACGCGGCGUGGGGGAAGCCUGCCUUCCCCCGACGAGCGUCCCGAGCUACCGCCCACCUCACCCGCCGCCCGGCCGCCUGGGGCGCCCCUGCCUGGGCUCAGUCGAUAACUCUCGGGGCGGUCUUGCGGCCUGCCCCUUUUCUCCUGCUCUUCCUCCCCUCCGCGCUCCUUCCGUCCUCCCUCGGUGGUCUUUUCCCGGGGCGGUGCCAGCGCGCCCUCCAAUGCCACCGGCUACAGGCAUCGGGGCUGGCUGCACCUGGGCACCAGCUGCCUGCGCCUGUCCCGCCCCUGCACAUGGCGCCGGGGACGGGCGCAGCACUACCUGGCGCGCCGGGUGCGUGAAGCGACUCCGGGGAGGGGCCUGACCUACGCCGCUCAUGCCAACGGGGCUGGGGGCCUGCAGCUGUCGACACCUCCCUCGUCGUCGUCGUCCAGCUCUCCUCCAGCCUCCUCCUCGUCGUCGGGGCCUGGGCGGAAGGGCAGCCGCGACUGCUCCGUGUGCUUCGAGAGCGAGGUGAUCGCCGCGCUCGUGCCCUGCGGCCACAACCCCUGGGCCGGAGGGGCGCUGUCCGGUGGUCUAUGA